AUGCGAGCCCUCAAUUUGUUUUCUUUGUACUGCGUGUUCUCCCUGAAAUUCACCGUGGACGCCGCAACGAUCCAGGAAUGCGAUUUCAUGCCUCAAUGCACGUGUACACAAUCGAUGGUGACAUGCGUAGGACUCCGGAUCUUCUCAUUGAAAGAUGUCUUCGAAAAACCCGAUCAUCCGACGGAGGUCGCGCGCCCCUACAAUCAGAUCGUUGUCAGUCGAUCUGGCCUCCUGCACAUCGACUGGGCACCCCAGAAUGUCGUGACGUUGAGUCUCCCGAAAAACCACAUCUAUGAAGUUCAUUCCCGGUCUCUAAACGGCAGCCGAGAAACGCUCUCGAGUUUAGACCUGAGCGAUAACGCCUUGAGCGAUGUGCCGAAUUUGAACGAACUGAAACAGUUGCGGUGGUUGAACCUUCAACGCAACCAGUUUUCCGAAGUUCCUCCGUCCGUGAGGGAGACAAAUCUCACUACGCUACUGCUCUCCGGGAAUUUCAUACGCACCAUCGCCGUGGACCAGUUCCCACGGUCUUUGACUACGCUGCACAUGGAGUCAAAUCAAAUAAUUUCGGUCGAAGGACACGCUGUUCCUGCCGGACUCCGUCUGCUCAAUCUCGGCAACAAUUUCAUUCACUCGAUUCCACACAACUUCCAUCGAUCGAGUUCACUCGAGCGGUUGAUACUGAGCAACAACGUGAUUCAACGGUUGCGUUCGCACUGGAAACUGCCGAAAUCGCUCGAAGACUUGGACUUAUCGCGCGGAUCACUGCGCGAGUUGGACGAUACUCCGCUCGGUCUAUCGAGCGACAGCUUGAGCGAUCUGAGAGCGCUACAUUUAGAAUUCAAUUUCAUCACAAGGAUCUCGGAAAAAGUUUUCGAAGGCGUGCAUCUUAAGAAGCUGUUUCUCAAUUCGAAUCGAUUGAUACAACUCCCGCAAAGACUUUUCGACGGGGCGAUAGCGACCAGCCUGCUCGUAUUGGACUUGAGUGAGAAUCAAUUCGAGUUCCUACCGAUCUGCGUGUCGUUCCUGAAGUCUCUUAGAACCUUGCUGGUCAAAGGAAACCGAUUGGCCACUUUCGAGUUCCCAGUCCCCGAGCCCAUGUUCGCCAAUUCAUUGCAGAUCUUGGACCUGGCUCACAACAAGCUGACAGAGAUUCCACCGAUGUUGUCUAAUACAUCGUCGCUGAUCAGACUGAAUUUCCAAGGAAACGAUAUUAGCUCACUGGGAUUGCUUUCUCGGGGCAAAUGGAGCUCGAAGCUUCAGAGCCUAAUUCUUUCGAACAACGCUAUCAAAACAGUGUCCCAUGAGGACUUCUCGAAAAUGAUCGCUCUCAAAGAGCUCAAGCUGUCGGCUAACAACGUUCGGUAUCUUGACCCUGCUUCCUUCGAGUCCUUGAAGGCUUUGCAGGCACUUGAGAUGUCUUCAUGCUUGGCCAGCGACAUUUCAAUGGAGCGAUUGUCCAAAUUGUUGAAGCCACUGGGACAGCUACGCUUAUUACAAGUCGACUACAAUCGAAUAUAUGGGAACGAUGUCUUAACGCAGAGUCUUGUCAAUGUGGAUUUCGACGGAAAUGAUCUCAAGACGACUCCUUCGCUGCCGGCUGUUUCGAAAAUCGCUCGUGUGUCGUUCAACUAUAACGGGAUCCGAAUUCUGAAGAAGAAUUCGAUUCGAAAUGUGUCCACGCUGGAACAGUUCAUCCUUAUCGGGAAUCCUCUGCGAGAGAUCGAGAGCGAUGCCUUCAACGGGCUAGGUUCGCUCGUCAGCGUUAUUCUCUCGUCGAACCGGAUCCUCACUAUACGUAGCGGAUCGUUCCGCAAUCUGCCCUGUUUGCAGAGAAUCCAUCUGGAUAACAAUUCGCUCCAACAUCUGAACCUCGACAUGUUCAGGGCCGCGGGGCGUCGUCUGCUGUUGAACGCGUCUACUAACUUCAUCGAAAAUAUCUUGGCCGCUAACGAGCCUGUUGACACUCGCAUUGUGGAUUUGUCGCAAAACGAACUUACUUCGCUGUCGAAUUCCUUCUGGGAUUCGACGGAGCGACUCGUUCAACUUUUUGCCUCGAGGAACAGGAUUUCUCGCCUGUCGCCUGGGAAAACAGUACACGAGAAACUUUCGGUCGUCGAUCUCUCGUGGAAUAGAUUAACAGCAGACGCAGUGCUGAACCUUUCUCUGAUAGCGCCAAAUCUCGAGGAACUGUAUCUGCGGGGCAACAAUCUCGAAUCAAUCGGGUCGGCCGAGGAUGCCGCGAUGAACAACCUGAGAAAUUGGCGACUGCGGGUUCUGGACGUCUCCUCAAAUUUUAUCCAGCGUUUGGAGUCUGGGAGUCUUCCGUCCCGCCUGCAGAUGCUCAACGUGUCCGGUAACCCGCUGAAAGUGUUCAAUAUCCCUGAAAAUAGCCUCCAAUUAUCAAGCUUAGAUAUAUCGGACACGAAUUUCCGACUCGGAGCUGAUUGGUAUUUGGGCGAACGCCUUCAAAUGCUGAACGUAUCCUCAACAAAGACGCAAGAGCUCUCGAGCGAAAGUCUUCCGCCAUCCCUUCUGCUUCUCGAGGCGUUCGGCUGCAACUUGAAAUCCAUCUCGCUCAAUUCACCUCGUCUGAUCGAAUUGAAGCUGCGAAACGCAUCCCUGCCUUCGCGGACGAUGGUCCACGCUCCCAGGCUCCGUCACCUUGACCUCGCACACAACGCCAUCCGGAAUGUAACCGCGCUCCUCGGAGCGUUUCCUACCGAGAGGUUGAGGAUACUCAAUAUCGAGCACAAUGCGAUAGAUAAAAUUUCACCGGACUUGUGGAGAAAUUCCCCGGUUCUCCACACGCUGGACAUGAGCUCAAACCCCGUGGAUGUUCUCGGGGCUCACACUUUCAGAGGCUUGGGGCAUCUCGCGGACCUCGACAUGCGGAACCUGAGUCUCGUUCGUCUCGACUCACGUCUCCUCAAGCAAGUCCCGUGUCUCUCCACGCUCCGAAUAUCGACCUACAACAAAGGUAUUCGGAGUUUGCGUCUCCAAGAAUUACUGGCCGAGUCGCAGCUACAGCGAGCUGUGGUCGAAGUGGGGGAACCCGUGCUCUCAUAUCAAUUGCAAUGGGCAUUCGACACCAAAGCCAAGCUGCGAGAGCUCCACGUAACCGGGGCACCGUUGCGUUUAAUUUUGCCGGACGCCUUCCAGGGAUUAGAGAGCGUCCACGAGCUCAGUCUCCGGAUCACACACACUUCCAUUUCGGAGCUUCCUCCAGGCCUCCUCAGGUAUCUUACGAACAUUCGCUACCUUUCGUUGGACCUUCGCUACAAUCGCCUGCAGAGCCUAUCUCCAACUGUAUUGGAUUCGAAGCGAUUGCGGCCCGCACACAGAGAGACGCAGUUGUUGCCGGGUGGACUCCGCGUAGAUGGGAAUCCUUGGCAUUGUUCCUGUGAUUUAGCGUGGCUCGCUAGCUGGCUGAGGCGUUGGAUUCGGGAAACAGGGCGUCUACAGCGCUUUGAAGCCUCAACGGCAUUGCAGCUUCACCAGACGGUCAGACGAGCCACUUGUUAUUUGCCCGGCGGAAGGUCAACACCAAUCGUCGAUUUUUCUUUUGAAGAAAUGAAUUGCGCCACAACAGCUGCUUCGACAAACUCUGCAUAUCUGAGGCUGCCAGAUUUUCUAUGUUGUUUCGGUUUCGCCAUCCUCACAAUCAUCUGA